GCCGCCAUUCCGAGUCCUGUCUCCUGACUGCGCUUGUGUCCCGUUGCGUGUGGAUUUCUGCGAAAAAAAUGAGCAAGGAUCACAAUCAACUGGUGGUGAAUCGGCCGUAUAAGCCUAGAAGAAGGCGUACCAUAGGAGCGGCCUAUUCCUGCCGAUUUUGUACCUUUGUGACGCGGACUGGUCCCGCAGUGCUGUCGUAUCACCUCCAGUCGCACCUCGGCACCAGGCACUGUCCUGUUUGCGGUGUCUCAGCAGCCAGCAAACCUGCACUUCACCAACACAUCGCUAGGCGGCACAUCCAUCCUGAUAUGGGCCACAGCGGUGACAAGUCCUUUGUUGACAAAGGGACGUACACCUGCUCAAGGUCAUGCAAAGUUUGUCGGAUGGUGAAACACUACGACAGGCGUGUUUUCGACCACUGUUGUUUCCUGUGCGACUACUCGGACCCCAACCCUAUGGACCUCUACCACCACGUGAUGAUGGGGCACGUACACAUCACCAAAUCUCGUGAGACCAACACCCCAAAAUCUCGCGAGACCGCCAUGUCGGGACUGACAGAGCACCCACCAAAGCUCUCUUCGGGGAUUGGUGAUUUCGUGUCUCAGGUCAAAGAUGGUGGCGAGAACUGUAACUCUGUCCACGUGAAGACAGACGAAAGGCACCAGGGCGAUGGGCUGCUCACACCGCCACAGGAACUACGGACAUACGGCAAGCGGAAGUCUCCACCCGUAUCACCACUGGCUGACAAACCCACAACAAACCCCCUAAAGAAGAGGCGGCGGGUUUUCCUCGGAAGUGGCAACAGCGACAACUGCCCUGUACCAGAACAUACUCCAACAGAGACUGCCGCCACCAGUCAUAAUAACAUGGAAUGGUCAGAAGAACUGUCGCCUGCCUUCGAUCGACAAUCGAAUGGAGGAACUGCCACUGUCGGACCAACGUAUAACGUCGGUUUCUGUUCGGUGUGGGUACCGAUGGCGUUAUCGCCACCAGUGUUGCACCAGGAGGUGCCACUGGACUUGUCCCUAAGUAAGGCUAAAGCGACACCUACCGACACAACGGAAAAUACCAUGCCUGUAAUCACGUCCGUAUUUUCGUGGAAAGACUACAUCUGAACUGGAAUUGUUUAGUAUGGGAUUUUCUACCAAGAUACGAGUUGCUUUUUAGACUUAUGUUUAGUUAUGAUAUAUCAGAAAUGGCGACAGCCGUUAACAAAGACUAGUAGAGGUUUCCAUAAAUGCUGUCCUUGAUCCAAUGUACUAGUAUUCAUCAGGCUAGUCACCUUGGAAAAGUAUUUCCUCGCCCUCAUUCUAAUUUAAAAUCGCAUUAUUUUUCAUCCUUAGAUAUUUAAGAAACUUUUGUAGUUGACGAAAUCACGUUGAGGCAGUAAUGUAGAAAUGGAUUAUUUCAGACUUUUGAACGGCAUUACAUGUAGUAAAUUUAUGAAAGGAAUAUCGAGCCAACCUCAAAUGCCAGGGUCAUAAAAACAGAUCUAUUGCAUAAUCCAUUUAAAUGACCAAAAAGUAUCUUUUUACUCUUCUUAUAAUUUUGCAAUAGUGUAGACAAGUGUCGCCCUUGAGAUACAUGCUCCUUGAACACCCAAAUGCAACAUAUAGUUACACACUGUUAAUAAAUGAAUGGAGUUACACAUUAUUUCCUUGGUUUGUUCGUAGUUGUAAAUUUCGUGUUAAAAAGUGUUUAAAACAGAAUUUACUAUAAUUUAGCACUUUUAGAUAACUUCAUUCACUUUAAAAGGAACAGCACGAAAGUAAUAAAGAAUUGAGAAUAAAUAGU